GUUAGACGGUCGUGUUAGCGCGCGAUAUAUAUCUCAGUAUAAUCACGAAUAUAUUUAUGUCUCGUACGUACUUACAUGUAUAGAGGAUUAGAUGUGAAAUGUACUGUGAAGUGACACUCUGUGCGGUUUGAUGUAUGUUUGUGAGGAAGAUAUUCGCAAGAAGCAUUCAUGAUUCAGGAAUCUCAAUCAAGUAACGCAGAAAGAUGGAGCGGGCGAGGGCCAGAGCACAACUUGGCUCUGCAGCAGAUCCUCAAGCUGCAAGAAGCCAGAGCCCUUCACAAGACUUCUCUUCUUCCAAUCUACAAGAAGAACGGUCUGCCAUCCCCGGGAGGUAGCCAGGACUACGACCAAAACAAGGAAAAGAAGCCAGACUAUCCAGACUCAAGAACCAUGGACCAACUGAAAUUCGAAGCCGAGUUCCGUAGACUCAUGGAACAUAAAGACACCCGAAACGAAGAGUCAAUAAAGUAUUUCCAACAUAUGAUGGAAGCUAAACAGCACUUUGAGUAUUUGAAGAGUAUUCAAGAACGGGAAACAAAGAAUUGUUCACUAAAGGAGGAUAGUAUGGACGUGAAGAAAGAAGCUAUGUCACCUAAUGAUCAUAGGUCAUCACCUGUACAAAACCACUCGCCUAUGCACAGAGCAUCAUCAGCCGAAGCGUCACCUACUCAUAGUAUCCGCCUAUCUACCUCAUCCAGUCCUUUAUCCACUACUAGUCCAAUUAACUCAUCUCCACUUAGUCAUUUACAAAAUAUGCAACCCUUUGAUUUCCGCAAACACAAAAUUAACGAUAUAAGCGAAAAAGAAGAUCCUAGAAAACUUAGUUAUGAUGUUCACUCAGCUGAAAAGGCUAUGGAUUUAAUGAGAAGUCAGUUCUUAAACUUCCCUUUGCCAGGAAAUUUGCCAUUACCACCGAUCUCAAUGCCUUCUACCUUCAGCCACCCUGCAGCUAUGGUAGCCGCUUUAAGUCAAAACCCAAUGGGACUAGCGUCGUUACAAGCACUGCUUCCUCAAAUGUCAGCAAAGCCGGUCGAAAUUCCGGAAGAUAAAUCCAAAAACACUGCAAACAAAAGCAGAAUGGACGAACUACGAUCCGAAAGCGAAAAUGUACUGAAUUUAAGCAAGGAUGCUUUUAAUGAGGUAGCACAUAACAAUAGAAAUAUGAUGUUAGGUAAAUGUAUAAGCCCACCUAAAAGACAAUGGGGUGCGUCUCAAAUGCCUCUAAACUUGGGUACGCAUUUUAUAAAUCCCGCUACCGGAAAGAAGAGAGUACAAUGCAAUGUGUGUCUCAAAACAUUUUGUGAUAAAGGAGCCUUGAAAAUUCACUUCUCAGCAGUACAUCUCCGAGAAAUGCACAAAUGUACAGUCGAAGGAUGCAGUAUGAUGUUUAGUUCAAGAAGAUCUAGAAACAGACAUAGUGCAAACCCUAACCCUAAAUUGCAUUCACCUCACCUCAGAAGAAAAAUUUCGCCACAUGAUGGUAGAAGCGCUCAGGCCCACGUCUUGAUACCUCCCCAUGCGGCUGGGCUAGGCCUACCACCAGUAAUGAACCCAAUGCAUCCAUUUGGCUCAUAUCCUCUUAUGAAUCCACCACCAAAUAUGAGGCAAUUUGCACCAAAUGUUCCUUUAGAUUUCAAACACAGCAUGAACUUUUCGGAACCGAACCGAACUUUUAUGAGAAGAGAGUCUGACUCAGAUCGAGAGAAAGAUCGAGAUGGAAACAUUGACCACGGUGAUUCUGACGAGGAUGAUGGAAUUGUGGUCGUUGCUGGAGAUGAUGACGAAGAUGACGGUGAUCACAUGGAUACCAGUGAUUAUUAUUCUAACCUUAACAAGUCUUCAGGCUCAAUAGAUGACUCAGAAACAGAUUAUGAUCAAAGAAGUGUUAGUGAUAAUAAUGAAAAUCACGAUAAAAGAAUAGAAGAUGGCACAUCGAGUCCCGAAGUUAUGAAACGAAAAAGAAAAAACCUGAAUCCAAUUCGCGUACAAAACAAUUAUCAUUCUGACAAUGUAGAUGAUCAAAUGUCCGAAGAAAAGCAGAAUAACGGUGAAAACGAAGCAUUAGAUCUCAAAAGGGUAAAAACUGAAAGUGUAGAAAACCAACAAAAUGUAGAAGAAAAUCAAAAAUUUGAAGAAAGUAAAGUGAAAGAAGAGCCUGUUGAAGAUAAACAAGAAUUAUCGGAACCCAAUCAAAAUGCACAAGAUUUACGCAUCAAAGAGGAACCGAUUGAAAAAAUGGAUUAUAAAACCAGUGAAAAAAUGCAAACAAAUGACGAAUAUUCGUCCGAAAAUGCGUUAAAACGACUGGAAAGCCUUUCUAAAGGAGAUUUUCCUAAUAUGCUAAAACGAAAUGAUGCUUACAGUUCUAUGGCACCUUAUAAUUUGUCUUUGGCAGAAUCUAUUGAUUACUCUGAUAGAUCACCUGCAUCGUCGGUGUCUAGUUAUGACUGCAACACUGAAGAAACACAUGGGCAAAUUUUUGGUCACUUUGAAAGUGGCUUUUUCGUUAGCACCACUGAUGUGCCGAUAGAUCAAGAAAACCCAAGAAAAUGCUCUGUUUGUGGAAAGAUGUUCCAAAAUAUGUAUGUUUUGAAAACGCAUUACCAAAACGCUCAUUUGAAACUUAUGUACAAGUGCAAUACAGAAGGUUGUAGAGCAGCUUUCAUGUCGAAAAGAAGUCGAGAUCGACACAGCGCUAACGUAAACAUACACAAAAAAAUAUUGUCCGAAGAUUUACGAGUUAGAGAUGAAUCCCCUACAAAAAUGAUGGAAAAAGCUCGUGAACAAACCGAAUUGAUGGCGAAAUUCAGUGACGAUGAAAGAGCUGUACCUUACAUUGAAUCACACAAAUAUUAUAGAGCUAAAGAAACUGACAAGGUCAAAAAUCACAUGAGCCCAAUGCCUUUUGGAUCUCCCUACCCACCUCUGCAGUUACCCGAAGCGUACUUAAACAACCGUGACAUGUUUGCCCAACAUCCUUUUCUUUUCACGCCUUUCGGUAUGUUACCCAAUUUUCCUCCAAUCCCUUUAGGGUUUCUUCCUCCAGGGUUAAAUGCUUUCGGCUGUCAAACUCAAAAUUUCUCACCACCGAUAACUCAAAAACUGCACUACUGUAUAGAAGACGAGGCGCCGCGUCUAAAUAAGGACGGCACAUAUCCGUGUAGGGGGUGCAGGGAGAACUUCAAAGACCUGUCCAGUCUAAAGCACCAUUGUGAAACAGUUCACGCACAAUCUUUGCAUCGGUGUUCAGUGAGUGGUUGCAACGCUGCGUUCUUUUCUCGGACUAAAAGAAACAUUCACUAUGAGUCCCAUAUUUCACGAAGACAAAACGGCAGAAUGAACCCUUCGUGACCUAAAUAGAAGUCUAAUUAUCCAGUGCAUUUGUGAUGUUAUAUAGAAUUACCAAAUAGUCUAGGUAGGUUAUUUAGUAUUAUGUAACACCAGUACCUUUCAAUUCUCAUAGAUUAAUGAAGAAAAGAGGUAUGUGUUAAUACGUAAUUUGUAAAUGUAGGUUAGAAUUAUCGGCUGAGCCAUUUCGAACAUGUUACUAGAUAGUUUGACUAGUUGUAAAAAAGUUAACGAACUGCUAUCGUAAAGUAAACUCUAUACUUACUUACUUAUAUAUCAUAGUUUAAUUGUGUAAAAUCUCAACAUUCCAUAGUUAUAAUUGUGCAAUAAAUAUAUAAAUACCUAAGUAAAUAAUUCUAAGCGAUGUACAAAAUCUGUGGCUUUUAAAUUGAAUACAGUAAUUGAUUUGAUAUAUUUUUGAGUUUGUGAUAUUUAUCUGCAUUUAAGCGUUGUCUUGUUUACAAUAAUUAAAAUAUCAAUGUUUCAAUGGAUAAAAUGUAAUGUAAUUAAUAAUGAAUGUAAUAAAAACAUGGUGUGUUGGACAUUAUAAAAUCAUAUCUUGCUAUUUUGGUGCUAAAAUCUACCUUAUUUUCACUUGUAUAGGUUCAGCACUUUUUCUUGUACUUUUAAUUAUAUUUAAAAUAUAAGUUGUGUGAGAAUCCUGUGAAUAAUUUAAAUGUUUAAGAACCAAAAAGUAUUAAAAUUAUAAGAUCGACUUAAAAUUGUAUAAACGUAGCAUGUUAUCCUUCCUUUUGCCAAACAAUAAUAAGUAAUAAAAUGUUUUGAAAAAUAAA